AUGAGUAACGCUAUCAUCUCUCCAAAUGAGAAUGCGAAGAUCGGAUUCUGGUGGCUCAUCUUCUUCAAACUUUUUGGUUACAUUGUAGCAUUCGGAUGUAUUUAUGCAUUUUAUCAAUGUAUCUCCUUCUGUUUUGCCCCUGCCCAAAAACCGGCUAGAAAUCGCAUCUACAGGAAGAUCACAAAACGCAUGCCUGGCAAACGCCUCUAUGUCAUGGUGGCGCAAGAAGCCGAAAGAGUAUCUUCAGAUGACGAGGAGGAGCUUGGAGAAGUGAGAAUUGUCUAA